AGCCAGAGCGCUCCGACCGCGCCGUUGAAGAUCAAUGAGCGCAGUGGAGACGCCAGAAGUGACACUGCCCACUCUGGAAGAUCUGGGUUUCUAUGUGAACUAUUGGAGCGCCACUGUGGAUGGCCUUUUGGAGGUCUAUGGCAUCACCUCACUGGUGCGAUUGCAGUUUGCCAUGGCCGUGGGCACUGUGAUGCUGGUGGCAUUUGAGCAAUGGCGCUUGAGUCGCCGCACGGAUAAACAGCUCCGCGCCGCAGGGCUGUUGCCCCCGUUGGAGGUAGAGAAGCAUGGCACAGGCAUUCCCAGUGAUGACAAUUUGAUGUCCUCGGGCGUCCUUCGCAUGCGAGCGCGAGAAAAUCAGCUGGCGGCGCAGAAGGCGGUUCAGGAGCAAGCCCGGGAAUUGCUACAACAAAUGGAGGUGGGGGCUUUGCUUGAGGUGCCUGAGUCAAGGGCUUUCCAUCUGGACUUUGGAAUCCUGAGGAUCUAAAAGCUUUCCAUGGUGGCAUUCCAGGCAGAGGAGGAAGACUCGGAGUUUGAAGAGGAAGAGGAGGACGAAGAGGAGGAAAGCGAAGAGGAAGGUGAGGAGGAAAGCGAAGAGGAAAGUGAGGAGGAAAGUGAGGAGGAACUAGAUGAAGAUGAAGACGUGCCUCAAAGCAGAGAACUUGAGAAAUCAGGACAAAGCGCUUGAUGAUUUUCGCAGUGUUUGCACCGGAAUGACCCAAAGAUCCUGCCCAGUGUGUCAACACGACAUAGCAAUGCCCAAAAAAUAA